AGGACUUGCUUGUGAUUGAGUGGUGGAGAACCUGAUUUCUAUUGGUAUUAGAGAGACUCUCAUAAAAAGAUUACUACUAAUCGGAUUUUGGCCAAAAAAUUGUUCGACAUUUACAUUAUUCAUAGACGAUAUUCAUGUGGAGAAAACUCGAUGAAAUUCUAUAGGGAUUUGAAAGAUUUCAUCAUGGAAACACCGGAAUUACCUCGUACCUACACCAUGGUGAACUAUCCUGGGCACAAGGUUAAGCCAGUGCCAACGCAAGAUGACACACAAACUGGGACAGAGAGGCAAUCAGUUGCUAAGGCGAAGGCUCGUUAUGGAGUGCAAUCACAGAAUCCUCCACUGAGUCUGAGGUUGACCCAUCGGUACCGGACUAUGGAUGUGAAAAAGGGUGAACGCCCCCAUACCCAAGGCCAGGGCCGACCCAUCCAACUUCCAUACAUCAACACGAUCAAAGCGGCCAAACAAAUAGACUCUAGUCCCCGCAACCAGUUGCAUCGGACGCACCGGUCCGAGAAAAGCAAAUAUGGGACGGCCAACUUAUCGAUAACCAGCAACAAGGGGGGCAACAACAACAAAGAGAAACUGGUUGCGACCGUUGCCCCCACCACACUCCCGCAGCUCAACAAUGAUACCUCACGCAUUCACAAUCAAAAACCCACGUUCUCGGCGACGGACAGCUCAAGUUCGACGCUGCCGCAGCUGAAACAGGGUGAGUCGUUGACGAGACAGUCAACGUACGUGACGAGUUCGGAGUCGAAGUCAAAGAGAGAUCCUUAUGGAAAUAAACUGCCUAUGACACCAGCUGAGGUUCUGAAACAGUUCCGUAACAAAUUGACGACAUUUGAACAACAAGAAAUUCUCGACUAUCCAGAGAUCUGGUAUUUAGGUUUAGAAUCAAAGAAGAUAGAAGGUGUAUCAGGUGGUGCUCAGAAUAACGGUUAUGACGACGAAAUGGGAUCUUACAUGAAGCCAUUAGGUGACCAUUUAGUGUACAGAUAUGAAAUACAGGAGGUGCUGGGGAAAGGUUCAUUUGGGCAAGUCAUCAAGGCAUACGACCACAAGACAGACGCGCUCGUAGCUAUCAAGAUUAUUAGGAAUAAGAAAAGGUUUCAUCAUCAAGCUCUUGUCGAGGUAAAGAUCUUAGACGCCCUUCGGCGGAAGGACAAAGAUAAUCAGUACAAUACGAUACAUAUGGGAGAAUACUUCUACUUUAGGAAUCACUUAUGUAUUACUUUUGAACUAAUGGGGAUGAAUCUAUAUGAGCUAAUCAAGAAGAAUAACUUCCAAGGAUUCAGUAUAGCUCUGAUCCGGCGGUUUGCCUACUCUCUACUACAGUGUCUUCGAGUGUUACACAAGGAGAAGAUAAUACACUGUGAUCUCAAACCAGAAAACAUCCUAUUACGACAGAGAGGUCAAAGUUCAAUCAAGGUCAUUGACUUCGGAUCAAGUUGUUAUGAGCAUCAACGAGUCUACACAUACAUCCAGAGCCGUUUCUACCGCUCCCCCGAAGUCAUCCUUGGCCUCCCCUACUCCAUGCCCAUCGACAUGUGGAGCCUCGGCUGCAUCCUCUCAGAGCUCUACACGGGCUACCCCCUCUUCCCCGGAGAAAACGAAGUCGAGCAGCUAGCGUGUAUCAUGGAACUGAUGGGUCUUCCUCCGGCGCAUAUCCUGGAUCAGGCCACUAGACGACGGCUCUUCUUUGACUCCAAAGGCAACCCGCGUUGUAUCACGAACAGCAAGGGAAAGAAGAGACGACCAGGUGGCAAAGAUUUAGCAAACGCAAUCAAAACUAGUGACAGCAAUUUCGUAGACUUUAUACGCAGAUGCUUAGACUGGGAUCCAAGUAAUCGUCUGACCCCUGACGAAGCGAUGCAACACGAGUGGAUACGUGAAGGCAUGACGCACAAAACACGACAUUUCAAUCGUAAUCAUCCGAAGCGACACACGGUCCAUGGGCAUUCGUCCGAAUCAUCCGAGGCGACGAUGGAGACGAUAAAGAGCAAGGUCACGAAUUCUUUACAACGAGAAAAAACAAAAGAAGAAUGGAAGGCAAAACAGCAAGAGAAACACAGCGCCAAGAUCAAGGAACGGUUACAGCCGAUCGGCGCAUCUGCUGAAAACUCAGCCGAGGAACCGGCGCAGACUGAGCCGGGGCCGAGUAAGACAGUCGAACCCGAACAGCCAACGACACCAGAUGUGACGUCACCGACGAAAGAAGUGGAAAAUGAUGAUUUGGAGGAAACGGGGAAUACUGGGACAUUUUUGCCACCUAUCGGCAAUAAAUGAGAUGAUAGGCAUGCUGCUGCCACCUGCUGUGGAACAUUGAAAGCUAUUUCCAUCCAAUCUCGUCCCGUGUGAAGGUGUAUAUUUUGUAUUGAAGUCUUGGGAGUCUUCAAUUUUACAACGGGCUGUCGGGGAAAAAGUCCCCACGUGUUUGGGUGUGAUGCCUGUCACCUUGCCAAUUUGUCAGUUUGACAUGAAGGUAUUUCAGGAGGGG